AUGAAACCAGAUGAGGAUUGGGAUGAUGUGUGUUUCGAAUAUGAGGAAGUCAUCGACGAUCAGACCGCAAGAGAAGAGCAGUUAGCUAUUCUCGAAAUUGAUGGCACAAGUCCUUGUGCGAAUCGAAAAAGAGCUUGGCCAGCAUCUUUUUUCAACAACCGAAAGUUCGCGCAUCUCAGCCCACAGGCAUACCCCAUGCACGAUUACUGCUGGAGGCUCCUCAAAAUGGCAGUUGGAGAGGACGCUGAGGAUAAACUUGGCUCCAUUAUCCGAUGCCUGGAGAACAAAUGGAGUAGGGAGACACUAGCAAACUUGAAAGCUCGCAACAAGUGGACUAACGGCUAUGCGUACACUUUAUGCAAUGAUGACCAACGAAAGUCGCAUUUCGGAGAUAAUGUGGAGUAUCGAAUAUCGCUGACCGAUCCUGAAGCCGUCCCCGAGGCAUUGGAGCUCAUCUCAGAAGCCCUUCAGUGCAAAGAUCAACAGAGAAGGAAACCCACAAACGACGUGAGUGAUCAUAUUAAUUACAAGCCUUCAUACGAUGCCUCUCAUUCCAUCUUCCGCAAUCUCCCAGAUGACAUCGUAUACAUGGUUCUGGAUUAUCUCCCGGUGAGUGACUGCCAGAGUCUCUUCCCAAUUAUCGGCUUUAUUCCACCUCAAUCAUACUGGUAUCGCCGUGUGAAGCGCUGGUCUUUCUUCCUUCCCGAGAUUCCCAAGAUGAAACUCGAUAGAGACGUGGAUUGGGGAUAUCUGGCUCGAAGAAUCGAAGCGCUCAUGACAGAGUCUCACGGGUUACUAAAUAGGCGGCGCAUUAUCCGCACUAUUCUCUCUGUCAAAGAAAAGGUCGUAUAAUCUUCCUCUUAUAACUGGAGUAUCCGGGUAUUGCAAUAGUCUUAUGCACGUAUGUGACGAGUAGACGCAUACGGAUCAGUCUCUAGGGGGCUUUUGGUACUUACUAUGGCAUAUCCACCCUGUACAGGUAAUAGACCUGAUAUCUCGUUGC